ACCCUGUAUUAUUUCCCCUCCUUUCCCUUCCCACAGCAGCAGUCCCCCGCUCGCUCCCUCACUUCCAUGGUAGAGAGAGUGGUUGGGGGCCUCUAAUGGCGCGCCGCUCCUGCUUCCUCCUUCUCCUCUCGCUCCACAUCGCGCUGCUGCUGCUCAUCCCCUGCUACUGCCAGGUCGGCAAUUCGUGCUCGUCGGCCCGCGACUGCGGGGUGGGCCUUUACUGCGGCGAUUGCGCCGCCUCCGGCAGGAAGCAGCCGUCCUGCAUCAGGGACCUGGCCAUCCAGCCCACCUCCAUCGUGAAGGGGCUGCCCUUUAACAGGUACUCAUGGCUGGUGACCCAUAACUCAUUCUCCAUUGUCGGCGAGCCGUCCCGCACUGGGGUCGAGAGGGUUACAUUUUACAACCAGGAAGACACUGUCACCAACCAGCUCAGGAAUGGAGUGAGGGGAUUGAUGCUGGAUAUGUAUGACUUUGGCGGUGACGUCUGGCUCUGCCACUCUUUGCAAGGGAAAUGCUACAACUUCACCGCUUUUGAACCAGCAAUUGACACGUUGAAAGAGGUUGAAGCAUUUCUAUCUGAGAACCCCACAGAGAUAGUCACGAUAUUCAUCGAGGAUUACGUCCAUUCACCGAUGGGAUUAAGCAAACUGUUUACUGCUGCUGACUUGAUGAAGUACUGGUACCCUAUAUCAGAAAUGCCAACUAGUGGCCAGGACUGGCCAAGCGUUACAGAUAUGGCUGCAAAGAACCACAGGUUGCUAGUGUUCACUUCCGAUGCUUCAAAGGAGGCUACUGAAGGAAUAGCUUACCAGUGGAGCUAUUUGCUGGAGAAUGAAUCUGGAGAUCCAGGUAUCGAGCCUGGCUCUUGCCCAAACAGAAAGGAAUCCCAGCCACUAAAUGCAAGAUCUGCAUCUCUGAUUCUGCAAAAUUACUUCCCAACAAUUCCUGUUCAGAGUGAAGCAUGCAAAGAGAAUUCUGUUGGACUACCACAGAUGGUCCAAACAUGUUAUGCUGCAGCUGGAAAUAGAAUCCCGAACUUUAUAGCUUUGAAUUUUUACAUGCGAAGCGAUGGUGGUGGUGUUUUUGAUGUUCAAGACAGAAUCAAUGGCCUCACGCUCUGUGGUUGCAACAGCAUUGCAGCCUGCCAGGCUGGGGCACCAGCGGGUGCAUGCAAGAACACUGGAGCACCAAAUACUGGAGCACCGAAUCGAACCACCUCUUCCUCUUCUAUAAAUGGAAACGUGAUUUCAGGAACUAUAGAAUUCAAAUCGCCUGCUUCAAGGACCAGCAGCACUUCCACCUGGAGGAACUUUGUUGUUUCGCUAAGUCUGGUGUUGAUUCUUAAGGCGUUUUGAUUUUUCAGGGUUUACUGUUCAUGUCUUUUCUGUGGUCUUGUGUGAUGGGAUGAUUAGUUAGUAGCUUGCUAGCUUUAUUAUAGGCUAUAUUCAGAGAAAUAGAUAAUGAGAUUGGGCUCAGAGUGGAUAUAACAAACAGUGUGGAAGCUGCCAAUCUUACUUUGGCGGUUUGUCCCCCUCGCAAAGUACAAGUAAAGUUAUUAAAUUAUAAUUCUUGUAUUGGUCAAUAUCAAAACAGAAGUUUUUUUUA